ACGCCACACCAGACUUCCCAUUCUAAUAUAACAAAACUUUCACAUAACACAUAAAAGUAUCUCAUACUCGCCUGACUUGAUUGAAACAGUACAGAUGGCGAACAUUGGUCGUUACAUAGAACGAAAUCCUGGAAUGCGGGCUGCAGGAUUGUCAUCGACCGUGGAAUUGAAUGGUGCCAAGGAUUGUCUGUUCGUUGUGAGCUCGGAGGAGGAGGCGGAGAAUCGCAUAAUGGCCUUAUGUCGUAAGAGCCGCCCCAAGCCAGCCAAACGAACUCCCAAGCUGCCCACCCAUCAAAUGGGCGACAUUCUCAACAAUCAGAACCAAGGACUUUUUGCCGAGCUUCAGAAUAGAUUUCGCGAGAAUAUGUUCGUUAAAAAGCCCGCUUUGGGCCAGGCCAAGGAAGCCAACUCAAAGCCGAGCUAUGUGACCAAUUUGAGCCAUACUUUUGGUAAAAUCGCCGAUUCGAAUUCCAUAGAUUCCCUGUACUCCAUUGUUUUGCCACCAAAGCCUGCCGAGCAAGUCAAUCGAGAAUAUGCCGAAUUCCACGAUAAACACAUCAUCAGCCAUAAUCACUACUUUCCCGCUGAACAGAUUAAUCGACGAUACUCACAGCCCUUUAGCCGAUUUAAUACCUUCGGCUUGCCACCUUCCGUUGAUCCUUCGGGCAUCAAGGUAAAACGCUGCUUGGAGGAGGGUGAGGAGCACCUAAAAAUAGUCAAAAAACCUCAAAAGGACAUCGACGAUCGCACUAAAGGACCACUGGGCAAAAAGUAUUCAUGGUACCCCUAUCAGAUACCGGAGAAUAUGACCUUUGGUCGCGUGCUGCCCCAUGACACCGAUGUGCGAUCUCUGCUGGAAUACACCUCGCCGUCGGUGAAGUCCGAGAACUUGGCCAGUGCCGUAAGUCACCUAAACAUGCUGCGCAAGUUGCUCCAGGAGCGCGACGACUUCAAUAUGAACCAGGUGAUCGUAGCGCUGGGCAAAAAGGAUAAGGAGGGGCAUCGUCAACUUCCACUGGACGAGAUCAUCAAGGUGUUGCACAAGCUAAGUAUUCCCGCAGAUGCGGAGAAGAUACGCAACGCAGUGUCCCACUUCCGGUUGUUCGUGGACGAGGGUUGCUGCUCGGAGAAGGUCAAAUACGAGGAACUAUGCGAUCUCCUUUCCAUUCUGAAGUCCCUGCCCCUGAUUGGAUCUAUUUCACCCAUGCCGAAGGUGGUCUACAGCCAGGAUACUGCCUAUCGCCAGUUAUGUGCUGAUUUGUUGAAGAAACCCCCAGAGGGUCCGCGCUGCAGGAAACCGCACAAGACGCCCAUUCAACAGGACAUGGAUGACACGCGUGUCGGCGACGUCAUAAACCCCGAGAUUUCCACUUUAUGUGGCCUAUGGCCAAGUGAUUUCAAGGCAUUGCGUAGUAAGGAUGAAAUAGAACGCAUAUUCAAGGACAUCGUAACUCACGAAGGCUUUCAAGCCAUCUGGCUGAGUCUAAUGGAUGAGCAGAAGGAUCAAAAUGGAAUGGCAUCCGUGGCACAGUUCCGUGCUCAGAUGAAGAAGGCCACUCAAUAAUGAGUCCUUUUACUUUGAUUUAUAUUUUUAAAAGUGAUUUCUUCAUAUAGGUACGUUUUCCACAGCCAAUAAUAAAUACAAAAUAUCAAUUUGCA